AAAACCGGAGAAAAACCCUAAAACUCAAAACCCUAACCCUAAAAAUCACCAAUUUUUACUGCAUUCCCUCUCUCCAAACCAUGACGGAGCCCAGCGAGGCCUCUUCUUCAUCCUCCUCGCAAUCGAAGCUGAUGGAGAACAAGCCAGUGGUCGUCAGAGUAAAGAGGAAGGCGAACCAGGAGAGGCUCGAUGCUUUCUGGUUGGAGAUUAACGAAAGGCCGGCGAAGAAGACGCUCUUGGAUCUUGAGAGCCUCUCGGUUUCUGAUUCUUCGGGGAAAGCUAUAACAGAGGCAAGAAGUAAGAAGCUUUUAGUACAACAUGUUGAGACCAUAAGUAGCUCUGAGGAUGCUGAAGAUGUUUUGCAGUCUUACCUGACUAAUGUCAGUGGCUCAAAGGAUCUCAAGGGGAAGAUUGAGGAUAGAAGGAGCAUGCUCAAACAAGACAAAAAGCAAGAGCAGCUAAGGUAUACAGCUAGACAAAAGCAUGAGGAUCUUGUACGAAGUGCUCGUUUUGAACAAAUAUGGAAGAGCAGAAGGGAAAGAAUGAAAAAUGGUGAGGAUUCUCUGCAUGAAAUAUGCCAUCUAUAUGAUGUCGUUCAAGUUGGUAAUGAGGAUAAGAACUCUAGAAAAGUAGCAAAGCAGGAGCGUCUUUCUGUGGAAGAUAAUGCAAUAUUGUGCAACUACCUCCCAUUGUUGAGAGAGCAUAUAUCUUCAGCUGCGGAGGAGAUUGAAUCUGAAAUGAGAGCAUAUGCUCUUGGAGAAGAAUCCAUGAGCUGUGGUAUGAAUCAGUCUGCUAGAUCAGACUAUGUGUACGACUUGUAUACUGUGCAGGAGAAUCCAAAUGGAAUUGAUAACGAGGCUGCAGAAAUCACAUAUCCUCUGGUGCAAGUAAGUGAGGAAGAUGAUUACUAUGAUGGCGCCUCGGACUCUGAGUAUGCAACAGAUGAUUCAAAUGCUGAAGACAAUCCUCAGAAUGAUUAUCCUGACGAAGAGUCGUCUGAACAUGAGAAAGAUGAAUUUGACUAUCUUGAUGGUAACGAUUCUAACUACGAAGAUGAAGUUGUUGAUGUUUCUGAAGAAGAUGACGAAGAUGAUUGGAAAUGGAGACAUCGAUAUGUUUUUCUCAUCAAAUUAAUGGAGGGUUCUCAUCAAAUGGAGAGUUCUUAUAGAUCUAAUUCUAGUAUGUUAUUUCAAGUCUGCAUUUGUCCACAGGAUCUUGUACGAAGUGCUCGUUUUGAACAAAUAUGGAAGAGCAGAAGGGAAAGAAUGAAAAAUGGUGAGGAUUCUCUGCAUGAAAUAUGCCAUCUAUAUGAUGUCGUUCAAGUUGGUAAUGAGGAUAAGAACUCUAGAAAAGUAGCAAAGCAGGAGCGUCUUUCUGUGGAAGAUAAUGCAAUAUUGUGCAACUACCUCCCAUUGUUGAGAGAGCAUAUAUCUUCAGCUGCGGAGGAGAUUGAAUCUGAAAUGAGAGCAUAUGCUCUUGGAGAAGAAUCCAUGAGCUGUGGUAUGAAUCAGUCUGCUAGAUCAGACUAUGUGUACGACUUGUAUACUGUGCAGGAGAAUCCAAAUGGAAUUGAUAACGAGGCUGCAGAAAUCACAUAUCCUCUGGUGCAAGUAAGUGAGGAAGAUGAUUACUAUGAUGGCGCCUCGGACUCUGAGUAUGCAACAGAUGAUUCAAAUGCUGAAGACAAUCCUCAGAAUGAUUAUCCUGACGAAGAGUCGUCUGAACAUGAGAAAGAUGAAUUUGACUAUCUUGAUGGUAACGAUUCUAACUACGAAGAUGAAGUUGUUGAUGUUUCUGAAGAAGAUGACGAAGAUGAUUGGAAAUGGAGACAUCGAUAGCUCCUCUUUCGAACUUUUGUUGAUUUGAUGAUAUCAUUUUGUAACUCACCUAAAAUUUCUAAUGAUAUGUUCCUGUUCUUGGUAAUCUUAUGGCUAGGAAACAGUUAAGUAUCUUACAGUUUCACUUUUUUAGUACUUAUA